AUGGGAAAAAGUCCGAAUUCAGCUCAUAGAUUUGCUACCAGGUGCUUGGAAAAUUUGAAAAAUCAGUCAUGUCAUAUUGAGAAGGUAGUUAAGAGGCAAACUACUCAAGAAAUUCUAAAUAAUCGAUUGCGUAUUAAAGCUUCAAUAGAUAUUGUUCGUUGGCUCACAUUUCAAGCAUGUGCUUUUAGAGGACAUGAUGAACGUCCAGAAUCAAAAAACCGAGGUAAUUUUCUUGAAAUGUUGGAACUUUUAGCAUCAUACAAUGAACAAGUAGGUGCUCUUGUUUUGGAUAAUGCUCCACAAAAUGCUAAAUACACCUCGCAUCAAAUUCAAAAAGAAAUUUUGCAUGUCUUUGCUAGAAAUGUUCAGUCUUCAAUUCGUCAUGACAUUGAUGAUGCAAGAUUUUGCUUAAUUGUUGAUGAAGCUCGAGAUGAAUCCAGAAGAGAGCAAAUGACCCUUGUUAUAAGAUUUGUUGAUAGAAGUGGAUUUAUACGAGAACGAUUUUUGGAUAUAGUUCAUGUCAAAGAUACAACUGCUUCAACUCUUAAGAAAGAGAUUUCCUUUGUUUUAUCUCAUCACAAUCUUGAUGUUCAAAAUAUUAGGGGCCAAGGGUAUGAUGGUGCUAGUAAUAUGCGUGGAGAGUGGAAUGGAUUGCAAGCUUUAUUCAUUAAUGAUUGCCCUUAUGUAUAUUAUGUACAUUGCUUAGCUCAUCAAUUACAAUUGGCUCUUAUUGCUGCAGCUAGAGAAAUAUCUGAUGUUCACACUUUCUUUCAGAACUUGAUUUUUAUUAUUAACAUUGUUAGUGCUUCUUGCAAGCGUAAUGAUGAAUUACGGGCUUUUCAAGCAGCUACAAUUGAACAUUUAGUUGAUAUUGGUGAGAUUGAAACGGGUAAAGGAGUUAAUCAAGUAGGUGGUUUGCAACGACCUGGAGAUAGCAGAUGGAGUUCGCACUUCAAAUCAAUUUGCAGUUUGAUAAAAAUGUAUGGGGCAACUUGCUUGGUUCUUGAAAACAUCGCUUUAGAUGGAUCUACUUAUUCUCAACGUGGUGAUGCGGCUUUUUCAUUUAAGUUGCUAAUGUCAUUUGAUUUUGCAUUCAUCUUGCAUAUAAUGAAGAAUGUUAUGGGAAUUACUGAUGUGCUUUGCCAAGCUUUGCAACAGAAAUCUCAAGACAUUUUAAAUGCUAUGCAUUUGGUGACUACCACAAAGACUUUAAUUCAGAAGUUAAGAGAUGAUGGCUGGGAAACUCUUUUAGAAGAAGUGAUAUCAUUUUGUAAGCAUCAAGACAUUGAAGUUCCUGAUAUGGAUGCUUGUUUUUCUAGUGUGGGACGAUCUCGUCGUAAAACAAAAUCAAUAACAGUUGAGCAUCACUAUCGAGUUGAUAUAUUUACAGCUAUCAUUGAUCAACAGUUGCAAGAGCUAAAUAAUAGAUUCAAUGAGCAGGCGAUCGAGCUUCUUAAGUUGAGCACAGCUUUAGAUCCUAAAAAUAACUAUAAAUUAUUCAGUGUUGAAGAUAUAUGCUUACUUGUUGACAAGUUCUAUCCUGAAGACUUUUCUGACCAAGAAAAAACUCAUUUGAGAUUUCAGUUGCAGCAUUAUGAGCUUGAUGUACCCAAUCAUCCAAAGUUAAAGAAUAUGUCAUCGAUUGCUGAAUUAUGUCAAGGAUUGGUUGAAACAGAAAAAUCAACAAUUUAUCCACUUGUUGACAGAUUCGCACAAAGAAAAGAAAUCGACUAG